CAUAACAAAAAAAAAGAAAAUAAGUAAAUAAUAGCUGUUCAACAGCUUGCAUACCUUUAGUACUAAAUAUGGUGUUUUGCCCCCUUCAGCAUCAAUGAUGGAAUGCAGUCUUUUGGAAUAAUUGUGCAUUAAGUCUUCAAUUCUCUCAGUUGGUAUAGCUGCCCAUUCUUCUUGGCAAAAUGUCUCCAGUUCCUGUAAUUUUUUUGUGGGCUGCCUUGCACAAACUACACAAUUGAGAUCUCCCUAAAGUGGUGGAGACAGUAAUGGGCUUAUACUGUAGCUGAGAGCUGACUCACUAACUAUUUAUACACAGACACUAAUAACAAUUAUAAAUAAUAAAAAUGAGUCACAGAUUUGGAAACUUAACUUUAAUAGCCAUUUAAACCUAUGUGUGUCAACCAGUGUGUUUUUAAUGUGGCAAAACAUUCAAGGAUAUGUAAACUUUUGACCAGGGUUGUUAAGGUCACUUCAGUUAUCAUUAGGUUUUAAAAAGGAGUCAAACAACUAUGUGACAAUUAAUGACUUUAAUGUAAUAACUUUAAUGUGUGUGUCUGUGUCUUUGUUCAUCAUGAAAUCUUUUUUUCUGCAUGCUGUAAUUCAGAGCAUCAAACUUGGAUUAGUCAGUUUAAUGGGGAAGUGGGACACAAAGGGUAUCAUGUGAUACAAAAUGAAAAUAAAAGUGUUGACUUAGACGAAGAAGCUUCUAGCAUCGUCUUACGAUACACUUUCUAUCAGGGAAAAUGCUUUGGUGUGUGACUCUUAUUCUUGUCACUUUUAUCAAAUCUCGAUCAGAGAGUUUACAGGUUAUUGGUCCAAAAGCUCCUCUUGUUGCUGUAGCUGGUGAAGAUCUGGUUCUGCCCUGUUUUAUCAAACCCAACACCAGUGCUGUGGACAUGACAGUGCAGUGGUUCAAACUCGAUGUAAAGUACUCAUUAGUGCAUCUCUAUAGGAAUCAUGAAGACAAAAAUGAAGGUCAGGCUCAGUCCUAUAGAGGAAGAACUUCACUGUUUAAAGAGGAGCUACAGAAAGGCAACGCUUCACUCAAAUUGUCAGAUCUCAGAGUCUCUGAUGAAGGAGAAUAUAAGUGUCUUGUUGAGGACAAAUCAUGGUACGAUGACAUCACUGUGAAGGUCAUUGUAGAGGCUCAGGGAAGCAUACCAGUGAUAAUGAUGGAGAGUUUAGAUAACUCAGGAGGGAUUAAUCUAGUGUGUGAGUCCAGAGGCUGGAAACCUGAACCCGAUGUUCUGUGGCUGGACAGAGAAGGAGUCACUCUGACUGCUGAAGAUACACAGAUACACAGAGACACUGAGGGCUUUAGUGUGAAAAGCCGCAUCACUGUUUAUGAUUAUAGCGACUCUAACAGGUUUUACUGCAGACUUCAGCAACAACAUCACAUGAUGGAGACAGAGAUUAUCAUCAAUAGUAAAGUAUUUGAUGCUUGGAAGUGGAUUGUCGGGAUUUCAGUUUCAGCAUGUCUUAUUGCUGUUGGAUUGAUCGUAACUGCAGUUGUUUAUCACAAGAAAGAGAUGCAGAAGCAGACGAUUAUCUCUCAAAAAGAUAUAAAGAAGGAAAAGGAUAACGCAGAGAGGCAGAGACAGAUGCUGGAAGCUGAUAUAAAGAAGGAGAAGGAGAACGCAGAGAGGCAGAGACAGAUGCUGGAAGCUGAUAUAAAUAAGGAGAAGGAGUACGCAGCUGAUCUGAAGAAACAAAAUAUUUUUCUCUUUUCAGAACUGCAGAGACUGAGUGUGGAAUACGAGUUAUUAAAGAAGAAGAAGUAUGCAGUGGAUGUGACUCUGGAUCCUGAUACAGCUCAUCCUAAACUCAUCCUGUCUGAUGAUGGAAAACAAGUGAGACGUGGAGACCUGGAUCUCCUUUAUAUAUUACAGACAUUUUAUACAUGGCCCUGUGUUCUGGGAAAGCAGAGUUUCUCCUCAGGGAGAUUUUAUUAUGAGGUGCAGGUCAGAGGGAAAACCGAGUGGACAUUAGGAGUCGUGAGAGAGAACAUUAACAGGGAGGUGAAGAUUACACCAAGUCCUCAGAAUGGAUUUUGGACUGUGUGGCUGAGGAAUGAGAAUCAGUAUAAGGCUUGUGCUGGUCCUGAUGUCCCCCUAUCACAGAGAGAGAAGCUGGAGGUUGUGGGGGUGUUUGUGGAUUAUGAGGAGGGUCUGGUCUCCUUUUAUGAUGUAAAGUUUAGCUCUCAUAUCUACUCUUUCACUGGUCAGUCUUUCACUGAGAAACUCUAUCCAUACUUCAAUGCAGGUUUAAAUAAAGAAGGUGAAAAUUCAGCACCACUGAUCAUCUCUCCUGUAUUUAAGACUGAAUGAAUUUUCUCCUCACAAAUUUAAUCAUCUAUUAAAUGUUGAAAAUAAAAAGAAACAUUUUAUAUUUUUAGUUAAAUUUUAGAAACUCAUUUUCCUUUUAAAAUGCUGUACAGACUAUUUUAAUACCUGUUAAUUAUUUGACAUUAUGAUUGUGGAACUUUGUCAUUACAAAUCACAUAUAAAUAAAGAUCAUUUACAGUUUACUCUGAUUUUUACUGCAGAAUUUAAUUUGAUCAAUAAAAUGUAUAA